GAACUAACCCCAUCGUGUCUUUCAAACGAACUCAGCCACCUUCUCUUCUUGGCACCAUAUAACCUGCACUGAGGCAACCCAAAGGAUCAUCACAAGCCAAAAAAACACACAAAACAACAGUGGCAGCCAUUAGCAUUACCAGAAACGCUAUGCUCAAUCUCGCAAGAGCCUUCUUCCCCCAGCCCCCUUCUCUCGUCCCCAAUUCCUCGUCCAAAGUCUCACGGGUCUGCUUCACAACCUCUGCCUCCAAAUAUAACGAGGGACGGCAUGCAGCGGAAGAUGAUAGAGACCGAGCGGCAGAUUACGCUAAGAGAGCGAAAGAAACCGCAAGUGAAACCUUUGACAAAACCAAAGAGCGAGCGGAGAAGGCGAAAGAAAGCUCCAUGGAAAUGAAAGAGAAGGCAGAAGGGAGUGCAGAGGAGAUGAAAGAGAAGGCGAAAGGGCGUGCACAUGAGACAACGGAAAGUGCCAGAGACAUGGCACAGUCUGCUGCUGAAAAGGUUAAAGAAGGGACGGAGAGAGCUGCAGGUACUGCGGGAGCGGCAGGGGAUAUGGCAAAGGAGGGGGCGGUUAAGGUGGUUGAGACGGUGGAGACUGUGGGAGAGAAGGCGAAAGAGACGGUGGAAGGAGCAUGGGGUGCAGCGAACGAAACUACACAGAAGAUAAAAGAGACUGUGGUGGGCAAAGAUGAUGAUGAUGAUGAUGAUUAUAAGAGGGAGAAGAGUUUGGAGUACAGGAGGCGUGCUGCUUCCGGAGAGUGAUGAUGAUGUGAAGAAGAAGAAACAUUGAGAGAGGGAGGUGGGUUGGAACAUCUUGUUGCGUGCCUUUGACAGUCGUAAAAAAUAAGUUCGUUUAAUUACCAAAAUGGAAAUGGAGUUUUAUGUUGUCCGUAAUAUAGUUAAUUUUUUCUAUCUGCUAUGAAUUUCAGAUUGUAACAGUGAUAGAAAAUUUAUAUAUAUAAAAAAAAUAAGUUUUGUACCACUGCAAAAAGAAAAGGAAAAUGCAAUUUGGUUUGUACAAAUUUCCGAGAAUUAA